AUGGUGCGGUUUUCAGGACUGCAACGCGACGUGCUGUCGCUAUAUCGCCAGUGCUUACGCGCUGUGAAGGAAAAGCCCGCGGAAACGCGAUCGCAUUUCCGCGAAUUCGCGAGAGCUGAGUUUCACAGGAAUCUAGGGGUGGGCAAGAAGGAUUUCGGCACGAUUGAGUAUCUGCUGCGGAGGGGGCGCAGGCAGCUCGAAACUUAUCAGGAUCCGGGGAUUCGCGAUCUUCACUGA